UUGUGACUUGUAUGUCAACGUUAGCGAUUGGGUGGUGAAUAAUAUUUUCAUUCGAGUUGACUUCAUUCCUCUGAUAAGUUUGUCCAAAAGAAGAGUUACUUUAGUGAAGAGAAACUAUUUCCACUUCGAAAUCAAGUGAUUUUCUCCAGUGACCACCUAGAAUGGCUUUCAAUUUAACCAGAUCAUUGUGCGGUCGUUCCUUGGGACGCUCAUUAUCUCACCAACUAAAUGGAAUCCGAUCGCCGAUAAAUCCAAUGGUGCGAACUGUCUCGCUGAAAAUUGUACCACCUCCAGAACAUGAAAAGUUACCAUACGAGGAGAAGAAUGCCUUCUUGAAACGCGAAAUGUCACCCCAUCUAACUAUCUAUAAAUUUCAAAUUACCAGCGUGUUGUCAAUCACUCAUAGAUUCACAGGUAUGGCCUUGAGUGGAUAUGCAGCUGCAUUAGGCAUUGGUGCACUCGUUUUACCCUACGAUUUUGCCGCUUUUGUUACAAUGGUCGAGGGUCUUCAUCUCAGCGCAGCUUCAUUGGCUGUAAUCAAGUUUACUCUCGCAUAUCCAGCCGCUUUUCACACUUGCAACGGCGUUCGACAUUUGUUUUGGGAUAUGGGUAAAUUCUUGAAAUUGAAGGAAGUUUAUUCCACCGGCUAUUUGAUGUUGGGUGUGUCAUUUGCGUUGGCUGCCCUAUUAGCUGCAAUGUAAUGUCGUCCGGAAUAUUUUCGUGAUGAAUUAGAUUUAUCACACAAGUAACGGCUGCGUUAUCACUGUUUUGGUAUUAUGUGUGUUUGAACAUGGCAAUAAAUUAACUUCAUGAAUCUUCAA